UUUCUCUCCUCCCCAGCCAGCCAGGAGCCACGUCACCCAGCGCUGCUCCGGGGCUGCCGAGAGGACAAAACCUAACUUUGCACAGGCCCUGCACAGAAGGGAAAGGCGGCAACGGGGACGCAGUUCUGGGAGAGAGAAAAGUCCAGGGACGUUGGGGCAGGGGACGUGGAGCCUCGGGAAGGCAGAGAGAAGAGAGCUGCGGACUCUGAGAGAAGGGAAAGUUCAGCCGGAGGAAAGCGUUCGCUCGGCUGAGGACGGAGCUCCCCGCGGGGUUUUACAGCUGCCCUCGCCCACCGCCGCCAUGAACAUCUUCCGCAUCCUGGGGGACGUCUCCCACUUGUUGGCCAUCAUCAUCCUGCUGGUGAAGAUCCACAGGUCCAAGUCCUGUGCUGGUAUCUCGGGGAAAAGCCAGAUUCUUUUUGCCCUCGUCUUCACUACCCGCUACCUGGACCUGUUCACAACCUUCAUCUCCCUCUACAACACCGUGAUGAAGGUCAUUUUUUUGCUAUGUGCCUACAUCACCGUGUACAUGAUCUACGUGAAAUUCCGGAAAACUUUUGACAGUGAGAACGACUCCUUUCGCCUGGAGUUCCUCCUGGUCCCUGUGACAGGCCUGUCCUUCCUGGAGAACCACAGCUUCACCCCCCUGGAGAUACUCUGGACCUUCUCCAUCUACCUGGAGUCCGUAGCUAUCCUGCCUCAGCUCUUCAUGAUCAGCAAGACAGGGGAAGCAGAGACCAUCACAACGCAUUACCUUUUCUUCCUGGGCCUCUAUCGCGCCCUCUAUAUCGCCAACUGGGUCUGGCGCUACCACACCGAGAAGUUCUACGACCAGAUUGCUGUGGUCUCCGGGGUGGUACAGACCAUCUUCUACUGCGACUUCUUCUAUCUCUACGUUACCAAAGUCCUAAAAGGAAAGAAGCUAAGCCUUCCAAUGCCUGUUUGAAGCCAUUUCCAGACAACGCCAGAAAUUCCAAAGAUGAAACUCUAUUGACCACAGCUUUCCUUUCCUGGCCCUUGUUGACAGAAGAAUGGCUCAGCUGGGCUUCACUCCAGUGCCAGGAAGACAGCGAGGCCAGGACAGCUGGUAUGCUUGUCACCUGGAUGAGACCCUCCCUCCAUUUUGUUGCGUUUCUUCUCACUUGAAAUUGGUGCUAAUAAGUAGUGCUGGCCAAUGCUAAAGAACACAGCUCGUUUUUUCCCUGCUCUUCCUAGCACUCACCUCCAUAACAUGCCUCUACCUUACCCACAAGAAGCAAAAGGGAACUGUCACAGUCCUCCAGUCCCCAACAAAUCGUGAGGAGGGCAUGUUAUCGUGAGUCUGAUAACGUAUACAAAGGUCACUGGCCCUGUGUGCAACCACAGAACCGCCCAAGUUGGAAUGGACCCACAAAGACUGAGUCCCACUCCUGGCUCCACGCAGGACCAUCCAAAAUUCAACUGUUACACCACCGGUACGUGAACACCGCCCUCCAAAAAUUGACUCUGCUUGAACCCCCCUCUAUUAAGGCCAGCGUUACCUUCACACGGCAAGAAUCUUCCAUUCCACACGUAUUCCAGCAUCCUCCCCACUCACCCAUCUCCAGUGAGGGUUCCUCACGUUCUACAGAUGAGGGACAUUCCAAUUAUAAUUCAGUGGGUCGCCAACAGAUGUUCCCAACCCCCUUGGAUUUGACUUCUUUUAACUGGGAAGAACGGGGGCAAACGUUUGUUUUACGCUCCAAAAACAAUAAAGACAAAAUUCACAGUUUAUUGACAACAGUGUUUUUAUUUAUACCUACAAAAGAAAACAAGAUGGUAUCAAAAGGACAAUUUACAAACUAAGAAUAGUAACAUAGCUCUUAGUAUCCUGUGCCUGAACACCACGGAUCUAUGAAUCUCUCAAUUCAAGUCUUGGUUAAUACAACAGGAAUGUGUUCAGAGACCAGCAAACGUGUGAAACGAGAUGCUGAUCCCACACAAAGCCACUAACCCUUCCAUUGCUCAGAGAAGUCCAAACAGUAAAUUGCUUCAGGAAGUGGGAGGGGAGGAGACACCCGAGUCCUUAGGACACUCCCACAGAACUUGUUACAGAUUGAAAACCAAUGCAAACCAUACCAGAGGCUAAUGCUUAUCAACGAGGGCCCUCCAGCUGGUGUUGGAACAGAGCAGUGAGCACCAGGUGGGACAGGGGCAGCACGCGCCGCCAUGCGUUUCAGCGCUCAGCAAUCUGCUUAACACUCCAAAUUGAACCCAGACCCUGGACUUCAGCUGACCUCAGUAACAAUAAAGCACUGCAAGACUUGGCAAUGUGUAUGUUUACAUGUGCACAAGUCCCCCCCCAAAUGAAGUAAAAGCGAUAGCAAACUGUAAGGCAGCUUUGGUGGCCCAGAGACCCUUUCUAAAGCCAGUCAGCAAGAUGCCCUACUCCUACACCCCUCAGACACAUUUCUGCAUUAAAAAUAAUAAUAAUAAACCUCUGUGCUUGCUUGUGAGGGAGGCCAAAGACAGAUCAGUCAGUGCCCGGCUAAAUGAAAUGUUUCUGGCUUUCAUUGCUCGCCUAAGCAAUGGAAUUUGAAGAGGGGAUGAGGGAAGCAAGGGUCUGGAAAAAAAAUCUCUCCCUUCUCCCUCUGUGUCAGCAACCUACCUGUGUGCUGCACAAACCAAUGUGCAUUUAGAUCACAAAAUUAAUACUCUGGGAAUUUAAAACAAACAAAAAAAAUAUCUGUAUAAGCAAGCUUUUUGCCUGGACUAUAAGUAGUUCCACUCUGUUAGGAAGGGGUGGGCUGCCUUGCUCAUCCAUAUGCAAGAAUGUCAACAGGGAGGAAAAAAAAAAACAACAGAAACCCCCCCCC